AGCUGAGGCUGGGCCCUGUUCUCCCUCGCUCCCCGCGGGGAACAGGGUUGCUGUCAUAGGGAUCACUCAGUUGUCCCUUCACCUGGCCUUCCAUGUCUGUCCCAGGCACUGGGGGUGCAGGGAGACAGCCACAGUGCCUUCUGUGGGGCAGUCUACAGACUGGGGAGGGACACAGAAUGAGUGGUGAGGUGAUGUGAGAGCCUGCUGGGGGCAGUUGCGUGAAGGAGGCCAAAAAGGAGAUGGGCUUGUGGGGGCACAGAUGGGGUGUGGACCAGAGUGGAGGCUGUUGGGAAGAUGCCGGCAGCUCAAGCCAGAAAGCCAGGGCUGGAAGGAGAAACUGGGUACAUUAUGGAGAUAGAAUGGACAGAACUUUGUGACUGGGUUGAGGGAGGGGAACAAGAGAGAAAUAACUGAAUUAAGACCAAUAUUUCCCCCUAAGACGGAGAGAAGGACAUGAUGAAUGAGGUGCCCACCUUAGCUUAGUGCCUGGCCCCAGGUGGGUGCUGAGUAGGUGUAGCUACACAGCAUCUGGAGAGAAACACAUGCCCGACCCCUCAUCCCCUUCCUUACUGCUUCCCUCCAUCCCUGCACUCUGCCUGGAACACCAUCUCCUCACCAGGGCUCAAUUUUCCCAUCCGUGUGAGGCUGACACCAUUGCCCGCCCACUCUUGGAUGCUUGGCAGCAGAUGAUUAGGGGGUGCUAGGUACCAAGAGGAACCUCCCCAGACGACGGGUGGGAGUCCAGCAGCAGGGACGGGGUCCGGGAGCAACUCGUAUCACGGGCUCCUGGUCAAACACACUCCCGCAGCUAGGGGUCUUCAGGGGUCAAGAUCGUCAGGUUGAGGGGGCCCCCGCCCCCGCAGAGGCUGAGUUCCGGUGCUGUCCUCACCCAGGUGCUCCAGGCACAGGCUGGAUGCCCAACCCUGCUCUCCAGGGGGCGCCAUUGGGCCAUUGGUUCCCCCCUCCACACGGGGUGCCCUACACCAUCCUGUGGGUGGCAGCUAGGUGGCCCCUUCCCUCAGGCACAUCCCAGUUACAGAGAAUUCAAAAGAGCGCCUCCCUCCACCCCGGCCAAAGCUCCCUGGAGAGGCCUGCUUGUCUGGGGCGGCUGCCAGGGUCGCUGCAGGCUAAGGGCCCUUAAGUGCAAGGGCCAGGUCUCAGCGGGGAGUCCUGGGCGUCACUGUCUUCCCUGACGCUAAUAGCGAACACUAUUUAUUCUUCCUUUUUCACUCUCCUCCCCUACUGUAAAAUCACAUUUUCCACUUCAAUUUGCCUGAGUCACACAGUCAGCAGGUUUGACAAAGUUUCCUGGAUGAUGAGUGACCACAGGCACCCCCGUCCCUUACCCCACAGAACAAGCUGUGGGUUGGUGGUGAAGUGAUGAGCUUCAGGGGACACCUCAGAGGGGAGCCCUCAGGAAGUGGCCUGAGGCAAUGGCAGUGUGUGUGGGGCGGGGAGGAAGGGCCAGGAGGCAGGGCUCGCUACCUCCCUCCCUGCUUGCUGGUCCUUUGCUCUCACAGCCAUUUUGCAGAGAAGGAACCAGGUGUAGCAGAGAGCAGGCAAGGGCCCGGACCCAGCAAAUCAGUGACCGAGUCAGGAUCAGAACGAGGUUUCCUGAGAGCCUAGGUGCUGAGAGCAGGUGGUGGGUGUUACUGCAAAGGAUAGGAGGCAGUUGAGGUUGGCGUGAGGGGCCCCAGGCCUGUCCCCAUGCAGGUCAGCUGCACAGCCGAGAAAGGCCUCGGUGCCCCUGCCUCCCCGCGGGGUGGCCGGUCCUCCCUGCCAGGGCCCUGGGCGGCACAGCCCGCCUCCCAGGCUGAUGUCACGACACCCAGACCUUCGAGGGCCCUCCGACUCCGCCUCCUGGGGGAAGGCUCCGGAGUGGGAAGGAGAGGGCAGCCGUGCUGGCCAGAGAGCUGUCCUGGGCGGGAGAGAAAGGGAGAGACUGAGAGAGAGUCAUGCUGUGAAAAACCCAGAACGACCCCAGAGCAAGGCCCAGAGUGAGGCUGAAGAGGAGGAGGUGCAUGUCUGCAGGCUGGCCCAGGCCCCCCACCCCAGCUUCCUGAGCCCUCCUUGCAGGUGACAGCGCAGCGCGGGUGCCGGGCAGCUGGGAGCCAGAAUCGUGUCUGGCCAGGCGGGCAGCAGGAGCAUUUGACCAAGGACAAUGGUGAUUCUUCAGCAGGGCGACUACGUCUGGAUGGACCUGAGAUCUGGGCAGGAGUUUGAUGUGCCCAUUGGAGCGGUGGUGAAGCUCUGUGAUUCUGGGCAGAUCCAGGUGGUGGACGAUGAAGGCAAUGAACACUGGAUUUCCCCGCAGAACGCCACGCACAUCAAGCCCAUGCACCCCACGUCGGUGCACGGCGUGGAGGACAUGAUCCGCUUGGGGGACCUCAAUGAAGCCGGCAUCCUGCGCAACCUGCUCAUUAGAUACCGAGACCAUCUCAUCUACACCUACACGGGCUCCAUCUUGGUGGCUGUGAACCCCUACCAGCUGCUCUCUAUCUACUCGCCGGAACACAUCCGCCAGUAUACCAACAAGAAGAUUGGGGAGAUGCCCCCCCACAUCUUUGCCAUUGCUGACAAUUGCUACUUCAAUAUGAAGCGCAACAGCCGUGACCAGUGCUGCAUCAUCAGUGGGGAGUCUGGGGCAGGGAAGACAGAGAGCACGAAGCUGAUCCUGCAGUUCCUGGCGGCCAUCAGUGGGCAGCACUCGUGGAUUGAACAGCAGGUGCUGGAAGCAACUCCCAUCUUGGAAGCGUUUGGGAAUGCUAAGACCAUCCGCAAUGACAACUCAAGCCGCUUCGGGAAGUACAUUGACAUCCACUUCAACAAGCGGGGCGCCAUUGAGGGCGCCAGGAUCGAGCAGUACCUGCUGGAGAAGUCACGAGUCUGUCGCCAGGCCCCGGAUGAAAGGAAUUACCACGUGUUCUACUGCAUGCUGGAGGGCAUGAAUGAGGAGCAGAAGAGGAAGCUGGGCCUGGGCCAGGCCACGGACUAUAACUACUUGGCCAUGGGUAACUGCGUAACCUGUGAGGGCCGCGAGGACAGCCAGGAAUAUGCCAACAUCCGCUCGGCCAUGAAGGUGCUCAUGUUCACGGACACGGAGAACUGGGAGAUCUCGAAGCUGCUGGCUGCCAUCCUGCACCUGGGCAACCUGCAGUAUGAGGACCGCACGUUUGAAAACCUGGAUGCCUGCGAGGUCCUCUUCUCGCCGUCCCUGGCCACAGCCGCGUCCUUGCUGGAGGUGAACCCCCGAGACCUGAUGAACUGCCUGACCAGCCGCACCCUCAUCACUCGCGGGGAGACAGUGUCCACUCCGCUCAGCAGGGAGCAGGCACUGGACGUGCGAGAUGCCUUCGUCAAGGGCAUCUACGGGCGGCUCUUCGUGUGGAUCGUGGACAAGAUCAAUGCAGCCAUUUAUAAGCCCCCUUCCCAGGAAGUGAAGAACUCUCGCCGGUCCAUUGGUCUCCUGGACAUUUUUGGGUUCGAGAACUUUGCAGUAAACAGCUUUGAGCAGCUCUGCAUCAACUUUGCCAAUGAGCACCUGCAGCAGUUCUUCGUGCGGCACGUGUUCAAGCUGGAGCAGGAGGAGUAUGACCUGGAGAGCAUUGACUGGCUGCACAUCGAGUUCACAGACAACCAGGAUGCCCUGGACAUGAUCGCCAACAAACCCAUGAACAUCAUCUCCCUCAUCGAUGAGGAGAGCAAGUUCCCCAAGGGCACGGACACCACCAUGUUGCAUAAGCUCAACUCCCAGCACAAGCUCAACUCGAACUACAUUCCCCCCAAGAACAAUCACGAGACCCAGUUUGGGAUCAACCACUUUGCAGGCAUCGUUUACUAUGAGAGUCAAGGCUUCCUGGAGAAGAACCGGGACACCCUGCAUGGAGACAUCAUCCAGCUGGUGCACUCCUCCAGGAACAAGUUCAUCAAGCAGAUCUUCCAGGCCGACGUUGCCAUGGGCGCCGAGACCAGGAAGCGCUCGCCCACACUCAGCAGCCAGUUUAAGCGGUCGCUGGAGCUGCUGAUGCGGACGCUGGGUGCCUGCCAGCCCUUCUUCGUGCGCUGCAUCAAGCCCAGUGAAUUCAAGAAGCCCAUGCUGUUCGACCGGCACCUGUGUGUGCGCCAGCUGCGGUACUCGGGCAUGAUGGAGACCAUCCGCAUCCGCCGAGCCGGCUACCCCAUCCGCUACAGCUUCGUGGAGUUUGUGGAGCGGUACCGAGUGUUGCUGCCUGGCGUGAAGCCGGCCUACAAGCAGGAGGACCUUCGGGGGACAUGUCAGCGCAUGGCUGAAGCUGUGCUGGGCACCCAUGACGACUGGCAGAUUGGCAAAACCAAGAUUUUUCUGAAGGACCACCAUGACAUGCUGCUGGAGGUGGAGCGGGACAAGGCCAUCACCGACAGAGUCAUCCUCCUCCAGAAAGUCAUCCGGGGCUUCAAAGACAGGUCCAACUUCCUGAAGCUGAAGAAUGCCGCCACACUGAUCCAGAGGCACUGGCGGGGCCACAACUGCAGGAGGAACUAUGGGCUGAUGCGGCUGGGCUUCCUGCGGCUGCAGGCCCUGCACCGCUCCCAGAAGCUGCACCAGCAGUACUGCCUGGCCCGCCGGCGCCUCAUCGGGUUCCAGGCCCGCUGCCGGGCCUACCUGGUACGCAAGGCCUUCCGCCACCGCCUCUGGGCCGUGAUCACCGUGCAGGCCUACGCCCGGGGCAUGAUCGCCCGCAGGCUGCACCGGCGCCUCAGGGCCGAGUACCUGCGGCGCCUGGAGGCUGAGAAAAUGCGGCUGGCGGAGGAGGAGAAGCUCCGGAAGGAGAUGAGUGCCAAGAAGGCCAAGGAGGAGGCCGAACGCAAACAUCAGGAGCGCCUGGCCCAGCUGGCCCGCGAGGAUGCAGAGCGGGAGCUGAAGGAGAAGGAGGAGGCUCGGAGGAAGAAGGAGCUCCUGGAGCAGAUGGAGAGGGCCCGCCAUGAGCCCAUCAAUCACUCGGACAUGGUGGACAAGAUGUUUGGCUUCCUGGGGACUUCGGGCGGCCUGCCAGGCCAGGAGGGCCAGGCACCUAGUGGCUUCGAGGACCUGGAGCGCGGGCGGAGGGAGAUGGUGGAAGAGGACCUGGACGCAGCCCUGCCCCUGCCCGACGAGGAUGAGGAAGAUCUCUCCGAGUAUAAGUUCGCCAAGUUCGCUGCCACUUACUUCCAGGGCACGACCACGCACACCUACACCCGGCGGCCACUCAAGCAGCCACUGCUGUACCACGAUGAUGAGGGUGAUCAGCUGGCGGCCCUGGCAGUCUGGAUCACCAUCCUCCGGUUCAUGGGGGACCUCCCAGAGCCCAGGUACCACACGGCCAUGAGUGACGGCAGCGAGAAGAUUCCCGUGAUGACCAAGAUUUACGAGACCCUGGGCAAGAAGACCUACAAGAGGGAGCUGCAGGCCCUGCAGGGCGAGGGUGAGGCCCAGCUCCCCGAUGGGCAGAAGAAGAGCAGUGUGAGGCACAAGCUGGUGCACUUGACCUUGAAAAAGAAGUCCAAACUGACAGAGGAGGUGACCAAGAGGCUGCAUGACGGGGAGUCCACAGUGCAGGGCAACAGCAUGCUGGAGGACCGGCCCACCUCCAACCUGGAGAAGCUGCACUUCAUCAUUGGCAACGGCAUCCUGCGGCCAGCACUCCGGGACGAGAUCUACUGCCAGAUCAGCAAGCAGCUCACUCACAACCCCUCCAAGAGCAGCUAUGCCCGGGGCUGGAUCCUCGUGUCUCUCUGCGUGGGCUGCUUUGCCCCCUCUGAGAAGUUUGUUAAGUACCUGCGGAACUUCAUCCAUGGGGGACCCCCUGGCUACGCCCCGUACUGUGAGGAGCGACUCAGGAGGACCUUUGUCAAUGGGACACGGACACAGCCGCCCAGCUGGCUGGAGCUGCAGGCCACCAAGUCCAAGAAGCCCAUCAUGUUGCCUGUGACGUUCAUGGACGGGACCACCAAGACGCUGCUGACGGACUCGGCGACUACGGCCAAGGAGCUCUGCAAUGCGCUGGCCGACAAGAUCUCGCUCAAGGACCGCUUCGGGUUCUCCCUCUACAUCGCCCUGUUUGAUAAGGUGUCCUCCCUGGGCAGUGGCAGCGACCACGUCAUGGACGCUAUCUCCCAAUGUGAACAGUACGCCAAGGAGCAGGGCGCCCAGGAGCGCAACGCCCCGUGGAGGCUCUUCUUCCGCAAGGAGGUCUUCACGCCCUGGCACAACCCCUCAGAAGACAAUGUGGCCACUAACCUCAUCUACCAGCAGGUGGUGCGAGGGGUCAAGUUUGGGGAGUACAGGUGUGAGAAGGAGGAUGACCUGGCUGAACUGGCCUCCCAGCAGUACUUCGUGGACUAUGGCUCCGAAAUGAUCCUGGAGCGCCUGCUGAACCUCGUUCCCACCUACAUCCCUGACCGCGAGAUCACGCCACUGAGGACGCUGGAGAAGUGGGCCCAGCUGGCCAUUGCGGCCCACAAGAAGGGAAUUUAUGCCCAGAGGAGAACUGAUGCUCAGAAGGUCAAAGAGGAUGUGGUCAACUAUGCCCGCUUCAAGUGGCCCUUGCUCUUCUCCAGGUUUUAUGAAGCCUACAAGUUCUCAGGCCCCAACCUCCCCAAGAACGACGUCAUUGUGGCGGUCAACUGGACAGGUGUCUACUUCGUGGAUGAGCAGGAGCAGGUGCUUCUGGAGCUGUCCUUCCCCGAGAUCAUGGCCGUGUCCAGCAGUAGGGAGUGCCGUGUCUUGCUCUCGAUGGGCUGCUCUGACCUGGGCUGUGCCGGACUGACUCCGACGGGGCCAUGUUCUCCGUGUUGGUCCUGCAGGGGAGCGAAGUUGGCGGCCCCCAGCUUCACGCUGGCCACCAUCAAGGGGGAUGAGUACACCUUCACCUCCAGCAAUGCUGAGGACAUCCGUGACCUGGUGGUCACCUUCCUGGAGGGGCUCCGCAAGAGGUCUAAGUAUGUGGUGGCCCUGCAGGACAACCCCAACCCCGCGGGCGAGGAGUCCGGCUUCCUCAGCUUCGCCAAGGGGGACCUCCUCAUCCUGGACCACGACACGGGCGAACAGGUGAUGAACUCGGGCUGGGCCAGCGGCAUCAACGAGAGGACCAAGCAGCGUGGGGACUUCCCCACGGACUGCGUUUAUGUCAUGCCUACUGUCACUAUGCCACCGAGGGAGAUUGUGGCCCUGGUCACCAUGACCCCCGACCAGAGGCAGGAUGUUAUCCGACUCCUGCAGCUGCGAACGGCAGAGCCCGAGGCGCGCGCCAAGCCCUACACACUGGAGGAGUUUUCCUACGACUACUUCAGGCCCCCACCCAAGCACACACUGAGCCGCGUCAUGGUGUCCAAGGCCCGCGGCAAGGACCGGCUGUGGAGCCACACGCGGGAGCCGCUCAAGCAGGCCCUGCUCAAGAAGAUCCUGGGCAGCGAGGAGCUCUCACAGGAGGCCUGCAUGGCCUUCAUUGCUGUGCUCAAGUACAUGGGUGACUACCCGUCCAAGAGGAUGCGCUCUGUUAAUGAGCUCACCGACCAGAUCUUCGAGGGAGCUGUGAAGGCCGAGCCCCUCAAGGACGAGGUGUAUGUGCAGAUCCUGAAGCAGCUGACUGACAACCACAUCAGGUACAGUGAGGAGCGGGGCUGGGAGCUGCUCUGGUUGUGCACAGGGCUCUUCCCACCCAGCAACAUCCUCCUGCCCCACGUGCAGCGCUUCCUGCAGUCCCGCAAACACUGCCCACUUGCCAUCGACUGCCUGCAGCGACUCCAGAAAGCCCUGAGAAAUGGGUCCCGGAAGUACCCCCCGCACUUGGUGGAGGUGGAAGCCAUCCAGCACAAAACCACCCAGAUUUUCCACAAGGUCUACUUUCCUGAUGACACUGACGAGGCCUUCGAGGUGGAGUCCAGCACCAAGGCCAAGGACUUCUGCCAGAACAUUGCCACCCGGCUGCUCCUCAAGUCCUCCGAGGGAUUCAGCCUCUUUGUCAAAAUUGCAGAUAAGGUCAUCAGCGUCCCUGAGAACGACUUCUUCUUCGACUUUGUACGACAUCUGACGGACUGGAUAAAGAAAGCCCGGCCUGUCAGGGAUGGAGUCGUGCCCUUGCUGACCUACCAAGUGUUCUUCAUGAAGAAGCUGUGGACCACCACAGUGCCGGGGAAGGACCCCAUGGCUGAUUCCAUCUUCCACUAUUACCAGGAGUUGCCCAAGUAUCUCCGAGGCUACCACAAGUGCACACGGGAAGAGGUGCUGCAGCUGGGGGCGCUCAUCUAUAGGGUCAAGUUUGAGGAGGACAAGUCCUACUUCCCCAGUAUCCCCAAGCUGCUUCGGGAGCUGGUGCCCCAGGACCUCAUCCGGCAGGUCUCGCCUGAUGACUGGAAGCGGUCCAUCGUCGCCUAUUUCAACAAGCACGCGGGGAAGUCCAAGGAGGAGGCCAAGCUGGCCUUCCUGAAGCUCAUCUUCAAGUGGCCCACCUUCGGCUCAGCCUUCUUUGAGGUGAAGCAAACUACAGAGCCAAACUUUCCUGAGAUCCUCUUAAUUGCCAUCAACAAGUAUGGGGUCAGCCUCAUUGAUCCCAGAACCAAGGACAUCCUGACCACUCACCCCUUCACCAAGAUCUCCAACUGGAGCAGCGGCAACACCUACUUCCACAUCACCAUUGGGAACCUGGUGCGUGGGAGCAAACUCCUCUGUGAGACAUCACUGGGCUACAAGAUGGAUGACCUCCUGACUUCCUAUAUUAGCCAGAUGCUUACGGCCAUGAGCAAACAGCGGGGCUCCAGGAGUGGCAAGUGAACAGUGGCCCUGUUGCUCUGGCCCUGUGCCCACUCGCAAGGAAGCAGUUGGCUCAGGACCAUCAGCUACCUCUGCAUCCAGGGGAAGACCCGGGCUAUCCAGGCAGGGAGGCUGAACCAGCUGGCCACCACUGACUGCACCAACGUGUCCUCUGAUCCUUCUUCCAGUGAGGUGACCUUGCUGGGAUGUAGAACUCCCUCCAUCCAGCCUGAAGCACCUGGUUGGGUCUAGUCCUGGCUUGCUGUGACAAUCCCAGUUGUAAAAGCCUGUGCUCCUCGGAUGUCAUUCUUAACUCAUACUAGCUCUACCAUGUGACCUCUUUUGAGGUCAUGGCCCGGAAAUGUAACCAACAGGAUGACCUAGUUCUCUAUGCUGGGAACAACCAAACAGAUUAUCCUGAAACCUAAGGAACUGGCUUAAUACCCCUAAGUCUGGGAGCCUCAGCUGGGAUGAAGGAGACAGACUGCUUCUAAAUAUUACAGUGUGAGUGCUGAGCUGCUGUAAAUCUCCCCUGAUGAUCUCAGGCAUAAAGCCUGUGUUUUAUC